ACAGAGUUCAAUCUCGACAUUUUUUGGCGCUGGAUCUUCCAGUUUUCGCGAAUAAAUAAAUGAAUAACACUAGAAGCUCUAAACUCAGCUCGGCUAUUUGAGGUAAUGGGAGGUUGUGGGUCAAAAUAUUUCGAGAAGAAGAACAUGAAGCGAAAGAAAAACACAAAACACCAUGCUUCUUCACGUAAUUUUGAGGGAACGUUACCUCUUCCAGACUCAGGUUUGCCUGAUUCUCGUCCAGGUUUGGAGUCUGUGUUGGAUGAAGAAUUUUACAGUGUUCACGAUGAUUUUGUGUCCGUUAAUGGGGGAGUUUUGUCUCCAAAAGGAAUGUCAAAUUCAGGGACACCGAAAUCAAAGAGGAAAGCACUUACAAAAUUUUCCUCAAUGUCAAAAGCUUCUCUUAAAUCGAAGGAAGGACAUGGCAAUCCAUCAUUAGUUUCACCCAAGGGUCUUUCACAAAGACCACUUGCCGGUUCCUCGACUACAUUUUGCCCCAUAGAUAAGAAUAUACCUGAUUCUUGGUCACCUAUUCCACCAGGUAGUUUUAAAGUCCGGGGACAGAACUAUUUUAGAGAUAAGAAGAAAGAUUUUGCUCCUAAUUAUGCUGCAUUUAGUCCCUUUGGUGCUGAUGUUUUCUUAUCACCGCGAAAAAUUAAUCACAUAGCUCGUUUUGUAGAACUUCCUCUUAUGAGUUCACAUGAAGAAAUCCCUUCGAUUCUUGUUGUCAAUGUCCAGCUGCCGUUAUAUCCUGCCGCGGUCUUUCAAAGUGAAAAUGAUGGAGAAGGAAUGAGCUUGGUGUUGUACUUCAAGUUAUCUGAAAGUUACUCAAAGGAGUUGCCACUUCACUUCCAAGAAAAUUUCGUUAGGAUAAUAAAUGAUGAAAUGGAGAGGGUUAAAAGUUUCCCUCUAGAUACAAUUGCACCUUUUAGGGAAAGGCUGAAACUGUUGGGCCGCAUUUCAAACACAGAAGAUCUUCAAUUAAGUGCAGCUGAAAGGAAGCUUCUGAAUUCAUAUAAUGAAAAACCUGUUUUAUCACGUCCUGAGCAUGAAUUUUACUCGGGAGAAAACUACUUUGAGAUUGAUAUCGACGUUCACAGAUUCAGCUACAUUGCUCGUAAAGGUUUUGACGCAUUUCAAGACAGGUUUAAGCUGUGUAUCUUCGAUUUAGGCCUAACAAUUCAGGAAAAUAAGGCAGAAAACUUGCCAGAAAAUAUCUUAUGUUGCAUAAGAUUGAAUCAAAUUGACCACACUAAUUAUCACCAACUUGGCCUAUGAGCCGAUGGGCUUUCAAAUCCUGAGAAUGACACAAUGUACAGAAUUCCCCCUGUAUGAAGAACUGAUUGUGUAUGAAGGACUAAUUUAGAGCUAUGGCCAUUAUUUUCCCUUCCUA